GUGUGCCUUGCAUGAGCAGCAUGCUGAACACUGUUGUAGUGAGAUGUGGACAAUGCUCCAAUUUGCUGUCUGUUGAUCUGGGAGCUUUGCCUCACCCUUUCCCUCUCCAAGAUUUCCAGCAACAAGAACAACAUCAAUUUGAAGAUGCCAUGGCGGGGUCGGUUCCAUUUAAUUACAACUGCAACAUGUUUAGUGUAUUUGAGUCUCAUGAUCAACUACUUGAGCAAUCUAUACUCACUCCUAUGCGCACCUUAGAGAAGAGACAACGUGCUCCUUCUGCAUACAACCGAUUCAUCAAGGAGGAGAUCCAUAGGAUAAAAGCAAGCAAUCCAAAAAUUAGCCACAAAGAAGCCUUUAGCGCUGCUGCAAAAAAUUGGGCACAUUUUCCUCUCACUCAUUGUGGACUAAAUCUGGUUGGAAACAGACAAGCCAAUGUGGAUGAUGCAGUUGGAGAUCAGGAUGCCACUCAAUAAUUAAAUUAUCAAUGCCCAACAAAACAUAAAUUCAUAAUUAUAUAUAGGA